AAAAUAAUGACAGUUCAAAACGUAAGCAAAUAAAAAUAAUGUAUUUUAAUGUUCAAUGUUAAUUAAUAAUUUGAACGAAUUUGAAUUACCAAAAAUAUAAAGAUGACUGAAUCAAAAUAUGCCGAGCUGCAGAAGAGCUAUCAACAAGAAUUGAAGAAACUGGAAAAGGAAGAAGACGCCCUAGUCGAUGAAUUAAACAACAUGUUAAACCACAAAGUAUUCCUCGAAGAUAAAAUUAAAGGUUUCGCAAAAUUAAUUCCUACUUUAAAAGUAAUAAAACACGAAGCGCAGGACUUAGUUAACACCAUUAACAACAUAUCCGAAUCAUCCGAGAAGAUUAGCGGCAACAUACGAUCAUUAGAUAAUGCUAGAAACAGAGUAGACGAAUGCCAAGCACGAGUGAGUGACUUAAUAGACCUCGAGAUUUGCUCUCAAGGCGUACAAACGGCAAUCUUAGACUCCGAUUACGAAAAAGGCGCUGCGCACGUUCAUCGGUUCCUCUCCAUGGACCAAUCCCUCUUGAAGCGAACAGCCAACGACAUGGACAGCACCUCGAGCAUGCUGAAAUCCGUUCGCACCCUACAAGACGCCGCCAGCCAAUUGAGAGCCAUAGUCACACAUAAGUUCACCGAAGCCGUAAACGCCGAAGACUUGGUCUCGAUCGAGAGAUUUUUCAAAAUAUUCCCGCUGUUAGGCUUGCACGAAGAGGGCAUCAAAGAGUUCUGCAGCUACUUGCGGAGCAAAGUGGCUGUAACGGCUGAAAAAAAUUUAAAAUCCGCCCUUAACACUCCCGCUUCUGAUAAGAGGCAUACCGUGGUCUACGCGGACACUCUUACUCUGCUCUACGAAGGUCUGGCUCGAGUGACCGACAAGCAGCAGCCUCUGAUAGAAACUUACUACGGCCCUGGACGCCUGCUGGCGGCCAUUUCGAUAUUGCAAAAGGAAUGCGACGUGCAAACCAAAAGAGUGCUGCUGGAAUGGGGCAAAACAAGGCAGAUCAAUAAGAAAAUCCAAAUGAUCAACGAACUAUCGAGGCUGAGCAGCAGCUCGAGUUUCAACAAAAUCGAUAGAAUUGAACCGAAGGAUUUGGAUAUACUGAUCGUCGAAAUUACGCUGAUGCACUUUCGAAUAGAAUUGUACAUAAGGUUCAUUCAUAGAAAAAUAAUGUUGGACGCUGAAGUGGGAGUCCCGAAUCAGGAAGACAGGAAUAAAAUUGUCAAGUCCCUCGAACAGUUAAUAAAAAACAGCGAUUUGAGCCAAUGCAAGCACGAAUUGUUAUCUCACUAUCUGCGGCUGGAGCAGUAUUACAUGGAGGAAUCCGUAGCGAAGGCUGUGGCUAUGGACAGUUUGGAAACGGGCCAGCAGAUAUCCAGUAUGGUCGAUGACACAUUUUUCAUAAUAAGGAAAUGCAUCAGGAGGUCUAUAUCAACGGGAUCGUUAGAUGGCAUUUGCGUGAUUAUCAACAACGCUUGUAGAGUAUUAGAAAGCGAUUUCAGCGAAGUAUUACGAGGUAGAUUAAGACAGGGCUACCCUUCUGGAUAUUUAGACCUCACUCAAGCUUACAAUGUAUUGCAAAGUUCCAUUCAACAAGGAAGAUUACAGUCUAGUGAUACAGAACAGUCUAGAAUGGCAUUUAUUGUUGCUCUUAACAAUUCCGAUAACAGCACAGAGUAUGUGGAGGCUCUAUGUGAUAACGUUUUGAAAGAAAUAGAGCAAGCUCUGCCGAAUUUGAACGACAACGAUAGAGGCAAACUGGAAAGUUGCCUGUCCGGUUUAUCUUCCGUUACCAUAAACUUAAAAGAUAUAAUAGACUAUGGAAUCCAGCAGCUGCGAUCGUCGGCCAUUAAGCCCAGAAUUAACCCCUGGGUGGAUCAGUUUUUGAACAUGAACCACCAUCUCACAGAUGAUGAAUUAUCUGCAUACGAAGCCGGCGAAUCCUUCGUUCAAACCUUAAUUAUGAACUUGGAAACUCUAUUAUCGUCCUUCAAGGACGUCUUAACUUCGUCUAACUACGAUUUACUUACGCAAGUUUUGACGGCCGAAGUCACUCAAAGACUGGAAAAAGUGAUUAUGAAAAGCACCUUCAAUAGAUUGGGCGGGCUUGUACUGGAUAAAGAAGUCAGAUCGUUAGCUGGAUACAUUACUGCUACGACCUCCUGGUCUGUGCGGGACAAGUUUGCCAGGCUCACUCAAAUCGCGACUGUCUUAAAUUUGGAGCAAGUCAGCGAAAUAUACGAUUAUUGGGGUAGCCACGAUGGGGCUUUGACUUGGAGACUGACGCCUACUGAACUUCGAGGAGUCAUUGCUUUAAGAUUAGAGAAAAUGAGUCUGGACUUUAAUUUCACCGCCAGCGAAAUUAUUAAAGAGGGAAAAACCACGCAAGCUUCCGUAACGGAAUUGAAGAAGUGGCUUUUCACUAACACGGAGAAAUUCGUGCCCGUGACAAUUCAGGACGAAUUGAUCGUUUUGUUUCUGUUAUCCUGCGACAAUGACAUCGAACUCGCGAAGAAAACGAUCAAAGUGUACUAUAAAAUUCGAAGGGAAUGUCCGGAUAUAUUCGAUAACAGGAGCCUGGAGAGGGCCGAGUUGCAGAAAGCGUUCAAGACGAUGAGGUUCGUUACUAUACCCGUUAGAACAGUUAAUAACGAUGCCGUUGUUUAUAUUUCUCUACGAGAUGUUAACACCAGUAAUUUCGAAAUGUUACCGAGCAUGAAACUGUCUUUUAUGCUGAUGGACACUCAUCAGUAUGGGAACCCCCCAGAUGGAAUUAUUUUCUUGGUUGACAUGGAAGGUUUUACUGCUAUGCACCUCACGAAGUUAAGACCGGAUCCUAUAAAUAAGUACUUCAUCUACCUCAGCGAGGGCCUGCCGAUGAAAUUUAAAGCCAUGUAUUUGCUAAACUCUAACUACUUUUUGGAAAAACUACUGGGCAUUAUCAAAAUGUUCCUGAACCAGGAAGUUAUGAAAAAAAUUCAAGUGUUCCAACCCGGAUUGUCGUUGGAUGAGCUCGCUGAAAUUAUCCCGAAACAGUGCCUUCCCAAGGAAUUGGGCGGUGAAUUGGAAGGUCAAGAGGAACUUAGCGAUAAAACGUUGCAAUUACUUCGGAAUAGAGAGAAAUUUUGGGAAGUAGAAGAAGAGCUAAGAAAAAGUGUAAAAUGUUGA